UCGCUCUGGACAAAAUCGGGUGGAAGCCCGGAAAAUUAGAUACCGUGUUCUUCAAAUCAAAAUCGAGAAUAAGCCCGGAAACUUGACAUUGUGGCUUGCAAUUGCUGGCGGGCGGUGAAUCGGGAGCUAGAGAGGCCAAACAGUGUGCUUCAAAAUUCAAUUUUUUAUUACAAAAUCUGGGUGUUUGGAUUACAGGAUGUGUUUCCGUGUAGGAAUCUGGGAAACAAGACAUAAAAUAAUAUAAAUUCAUUGAUCCUUGAAAAGAUAAGACUUGGAAGAUCCUUGAAAAGUCGGGUUUUGGCGCAGUAGCUUCCAGGUCGGACCAGUGAAGGUGGCGUAGUGGCAGUCCUCCAUUGGGUAUGAUCGGUUUCCGUGUGACCCGUAUUAUUGGACACUCAUCAAUCCACGUUGGAAAGCGUAAUGGGGAAGAAGUUUUGAGAAUGACCCAUUUGGCGGUUGUACCGGGCGCCAACAAUAAAGCCCUAAGCCCUCAGUGGGUCUAGUAAGCAUGGCGACAGAGGAGGAACAGAGCCCCCACCUUCAACUGCCUCCGGGCUUUAGAUUUCAUCCUACUGAUGAAGAGCUGGUGACCCAUUACCUGAGGAAGAAGAUCUCAUCUUCUCCUCUGCCUGUCUCCAUUAUAACAGAUGUCAAUCUCUAUAAGUUUGAGCCCUGGGAUUUGCCAGGUCUGGCGAAGUUCGGCGAGCAGGAGUGGUACUUCUUCAGCCCAAGAGAACGGAAGUACCCAAACGGCACCCGCCCAAACAGAACAGCGGGCUGUGGGUACUGGAAGGCCACAGGUAUUGACAAGCCCGUGUUCUUAUCAGGAAGCUCUCUUCAAGUGGGGGUGAAGAAAGCUCUGGUGUUCUACAAAGGCAAACCCCCCAGGGGCAUCAAAACCAAGUGGAUUAUGCAUGAGUACCGCCUCACCGACUCCACCUGGUCCGGGUCUGCUUCAGUAAGGAGAAAACGGUCCAAGCUGUUGGAUGAAUGGAUGCUCUGUCGGGUAUUCAAAAGAGGGAGUCAUUUGCCCAGAGCAAGGGAAGCAGGGGAAGCUAUGGAAUUUUCUACCCAACAGAAGUUACAGGAGCUGCCGCUCACACCCACUUUUGAGUCGUUUCAUGGGCGGAUGCAGAACCAAGAGAACGAGGACUUUCUUCUUCUUGACAACCCAUCUGAUGCAGGGGAUGCUCUGCCCCUGGCUGCUCAGGCUAUUCCCACAGAUUUGAUAUCCAACAAACUAAAGAGAAAUCUAUCAUUUGUUUUUGAUGAUCUCUACUCUCUCAACAAUAACACUUCCUCUGUUUUCCAAUCCUUCAGCCCCUUGGAUAUUAGCGUGGAUGAUUUCCAUCAAAUCCAUUCACUGCCCUUCACUGAAAACAGGCCGUGGAGCACCGAAACCGCCUGGUUAUCUUAGCCUUCUUCCAUGGUGGCUGAGAAGAAUGAGAAUGUGGAGUGAAGGAGAAUGACCCAAUAUCAACAAUUGGUUCAAACUGUAAACUUUAUAUAAGGAAUUCGACUCAAGGAUUCCUGGUCCAAGUUUGAUUUCAUAUAUCCGGGCAGAUGAGAAAUUUCAGUGCUUUCCUCUGAAACCCUGUUUCAUGUCCUUGAACUCCAAACCAGGCCUGGAAAUUUUUUAAGCCAUUCAUUUUAAGACUAAAAUAGUGACCAAAACUUUGCAUUCAAUAAUAAUGGUAGAUAAAGGGGGGAAAUUUAAAAUAUUGUAAUGGUGAAAUUUAUAUAUUUA